ACCAGUGACAGUUAAAUGUCAAUUAUGCCAGAAGUUUGGCGCUUCCUAUCAUUUAGCUCUUAAAUUACAUCUUAAGAAAUUUAGAUUAAAUAGUAGUUGGCAAUAUUAGGAAGGAAAUGGUACGUUCAAGAUUUUAGGAAUUAUUCAAGCAAUAAAAGAGGAUAAUGGAAUCAAUGAUCAAUCUGGAGUCCUUAUGGGGUUAGCUAUGAAGUACGCAGUCCAAGAAGUGACCAAAACAUCCAGACUUUACGGUUACAACAUUAGUCUGCAUAUCAUAAACUGCAGGAAUGAAAAUGAUGUAAACAAAGCUGUUUUGUAUGCCUUUAAAAAUUCCUAUCACUUUAUGAUUGGCCCUUACUCUUCCGAAACGUCUUAUGUCACCAGUAUCCUAACUGGAACAUUUCAGCUCACGUCAGUAUCUUACUCAGCAAGUAAUACAGAUUUUCAAAAGUAUGGUCCCAACAAGGGCUACAUGUUGCGUUCUGUUCCAGAUGAUUCGGUUCGCAUUUUCGCCCUGUUUGAUUUGAUAACUGAAAUGAAAUGGAAUUACAUUGGUGUUGUCAGCUCAUUUAACUAUAAUGGAGAAAGAGAUUCUCACAAAUUUAUUAAUUCAUUAAAGCAAUACGGGGUUUGCUUAGCUAAUCAUAUAACAUUGCAGGAACAAGCCAGCGCAGACAACUGUUUAGAUGCCAUUGAUACCUUGAACAUUGAUAACAAAUUAAACAUUUUAAUACUUUUUACAACAAAUUCAAAUUCACGUUGUUUACUAAAAGCAUUGAAAGCACGAAAGUUUAUCAAUCGAUUUUACCUUAUUUGUGUAUAUGGUUGCACAAACUAUAUCGAAGUUGUAAGAGAAGUAGAGGAAACUGCAGAAAACGUGUUAAGCAUUGAUAUACACCAUCCAAGUGUAAAAGGCUUCAAAGAAUACUUCCUAGUACAAAACCCAAUAGAUAACACUGAAGUAUUUUUCCGACAAUACUGGGAAAGUUUAUUUUCCUGUAAACUGCGAAAUCGAUCAGAACAUGUUAAAACAUGUAGUGGUUACGAAAGACUAUCUGAGCGUCACUUCAACCAAUUAACUCCAAUUUCCACGAUUGUUAACUCUGUAAACCUUAUUGCCGAAGUCUUAAGUAUACUAAUUUCGGCGAACUGCAAUGUUACCGUCACACCAAAUCACACGAAAUGUUUUAUUGAUCCAUCCAGACCUGAUGUUUUAACCUCACCCAUAUUUCAAAUCAUGGUUCUUUUGUCAGUUAAUGGCACAAUCUGUGACUCCAGCAGACUUUUUGAAUGUGGACAGGAAGUAACUUAUCGAUACGACUUCCAUCAGUAUAAACGAAACAAACAUGGAAGCUAUGAACAUUUAAUGGUUGGUAACUGGAGUAUGGCAACGUGGGGUUCAAAAAAGUCAGUAUUGUCUAGAAAUUUGAGAACAUCAAAUAAACUUUUAAAUUCUGUGUGCAGCAAGGAAUGUCCGUUGGGUUAUGUAAAAGAAAGAGAUUCUCAUCUGCAAAAAGCAAUGUGUUGUUGGAAAUGUAAAAGAUGUCAGGAGAAUGCUAUAGUUGUGAAUGACGCAUGCAUAUCAUGCGCAUCAACAGAACUAGCAGAUCUCAGGAGCAGUAUUUGCAUCCCAUUGAAGAGAAAAUUUAUUCAAUUUGAUAACAGCUUGACGCCGUAUUUCUUAUUAUUUGCAUGCCUUAUUGGAGAAUGUUUUGUUAUCAAUGUCGUUAUAUUUUUCAUCAAGUAUGAUCAGUUCCGUAUUAUCCGUGCAUCUGGACGUGAUUUAUGCUACAUGAUCUUAACUGGGACAUUUCUUGUAUUCUUGUACCCUUUGUUCUUUUUUGCAAAACCUUCUUUAUCCCUUUGUGCAAUAAGAAGUGGACUACCUGGCAUUGCUUUCUUAUGUUGCUAUGCGCCGUUGUUUCUAAAAGUGCAUCGAGUAUACAGAAUAUUCACACAUGCUAAGAAAACUGUUGAACGUCCAAUUCUUAUCAGUUCAAGAUCGUUGCUCUUUAUAUCAAGUAGCUUUGUUUGUGUCCAGUUCUUGCUAGUAGCAGUUUGGCUCACUACCAAUCCUCCUGUGACAUACGCUAUUGUGUCUACAAACAAUGACUAUCUGACUAUACAUUGCAAGGGGGAUUCGUCGCCGUUAUUUCUUAUAUUAAAUCUCGCACUAAGUGUAUGUUUUAUGUUAGCUUGUACAGUGCUGGCAUUCAAAACAAGGCAUUUCCCAAAGAACUACAACGAGGCAAAGUAUAUUGGGAUCACGCUUUAUGUUACCUGUGUUGCAUGGUCCAUCUUUGUACCAGCAUAUUUUCUUUUACCAGAGAAAGACUUCAUUAGGGAGUAUUUUAUGGGUGCUAUAUCGGUUGUUAUUGGUUACAUUACGGUAAUUGGUUUGUUUGGGUAUAAAAUUCGUUUGUUGUUGAAUAAAUAUGCUACUGAACGUGGGGAUGAAAAUUUGGAAUCUUGGUUUUUAAGUCAAAACUGUUCGAAUGAUGGAAAUUUACAACCAAAAUUCCCUACAGAGGAUACAUUUCAAUCAAACGCCUCAGCUGCACUAUAAAUUAACCGACUUUGCUCAUUUUAUAACUAUAUAUAUUAUUUAAACUGUAUAUAUUAUAUUUUAUAUUGUAAUAGUUUUUUCAGUUGAACAAAAUUUUGACUUGGUAAUAUUUCAAAACACGUACAAAGAAAAAACAAUCUAUUCUAUAAUAAUCGCUGUCUCUAUGUGAGCAAAUUUAAAAACCGGGGUUUUGUUAUAGAAAAUACCCUUAUAAUCGAACCUUUAUUCAUAGUAAUAACCCCUUCCCACAAAUUCUAUUACUUCAUGUAAGCAGUUGGCAAAGAUGCGAGAUGGGCGAUCCACCGCAGCUUUUUUCACGGACUAACGACUAGUAUAAAACUUAAUAGUGAUCUCUUGUCAUGUUUAAAUUUCUUAAAUUUGCGACCUUUUUAAAAGUCCUAUAAAGUCAUUACAGGCUUUUAGGAGAAACCAUAGGUUGAAGAUUUUAUUCGCAUCACGGAACACGGUAAAAAUGUGAAAUAAUAAUUUAUCUUAAUAAGAGGAGAAAAACUUGUUCGAUGACGCUCUAUUAAAUGCUGCACUAACGUUGUAUAUUUUACAGAAUACUAAAGGUGGAGCUUAUAUAACUUGUUGGCGAAUUCGUUAACUUUUGCAAUAAUUUUUUGUUGUUUCUGCAUGAACCACGAAGAUAUUUUACUGAUUAAUAAUUUUUUAUCUUAACUACUUUUCCAGUGUUGUUGUGUUUUUUGUUUGUUUGUUUGUUUGUUUUUGUUUUUGCAGAUGCACAUGUGUUAUAUUUCUAAAGCCUUUUAAUUCUUAUAGUCAUUGCCAAUAAAAAACUUUUUGGUUCUAGAUGUCUGUAAAUAUCUGUUACCAAUUGACAAAUUUUGUGGCAUUACAUUUUGGGCUAUGGCAAUACUGUACAGUAGUUUGAUGAUAACACAAGAGAUGAUAAAUACAAA